AUGCCCACGAAAGAGCGGGAGGAGGCGGAGGAGAUGGGCGGGAGAGAGGAGGAGACGGCAGCGAAGAAGCCUCGGAGGCUCAUCGAACACUCGACCGACGUCCUUCCGCUGCAUUCCGGCAACGGCCGCGCUCAGCUAAAGGGAAGGAGGGAUGUGCAAGGCUGGAAUUCGUGCGGGUUGACCUUAUCAUCCUGCAGCGACGAUGCAGCGAGACUGAUCGACUUGUCGAUAGAGCAAGUGAUCGGAUGGUUCGGAGAUCCUUACCAGACUGCAGUGUUGUCUUCAGAGGCUGAUCCAUGCUGUGUGGUUCCCUACUGCAUCAUGCUGUGGCUCAAGUACCUGGGGUCUUCAGCGGGGGAGGACGAUCCUGUGAUCAUUGAAACCAUAGGCAAGGCAGAGAAGGCGCUAAGUGAACGAGCUCAUAGUGAACGAGAAAUCCUCCUCUUCACCUGCCUGAAAGAAUUGAGUGAGGGGAAGUUUGAAGAAUCACUGCUUCUUGUUGAAGAUUAUCUGUUACAGUACCCGUCGGAUGCGAUGGGCUUGAAGCUUCAGAAUGAUCUUUGUUACUUCACUGGGCAGAACUUCCGCAUGAGGGAUGGAGUGGCUCGAUGCCUGCCUGACCUUGAUGACGAGACGCGGUUUUACGGGUACAUGCUGGGGAUGUAUGCUUUUGUGCUAGAAGAGGCGUUCGACUACGACAAGGCGCAGCAGUACGCUCAAAGAGCCUUGCAGAAAAACUCGAAAGACGUGUGGGCGAUUCAUGCGAUGGCGCAUACGUUGGAGAUGCAGGUGGAUGAAACUGGCCAAUAUGAUCAAGCCUUGAGCGUGUACGAUAUGCAAAUAGAAUUCGAAGGGUUUCAAGUGGGCAAUCGUUGGGAAGCAGUUUGGCCGCUGGUAAGCCGCUGCUAUGCCGGAGGUCUGAGGGGAGCAUGUGACGACUGCUUGGAGUGGAUGAAGCAUGCCGGGGAUCACAGACUUGCCUUCAACGAUGCUCACAUCGCGCUGGCUGUCGGAGCGAGUGGCAAUCUCGUCAUUCAAAGGGAGACACUUGCUGCUUGGGAGAAAUUUUGCCUUGAUAGGAAGGAUGAUUCUCGAGCAUCGCUUGUCAAUCUUCGUAAUGUGUGCAUUCCCCUUCUUCGUGCAGUGUUGGCAUACAGGAGUUGUCGGUUUGACGAUUGCGUGAAUGAACUUCUCAGAGUUCGCUACCAACUCUACAUGAUCGGUGGCAGCAAUGCUCAACGGGAAGUAUUCUUUCUCUUGUUGAUUCGAGCGGGUCUGGCAAGCAAGAAUAAGAAAUUCAUUUCCCUUGUCAAGCAGCUUGUCAAUGAGAAAAUGGCAACUGACACCCAAUCAAGAAUGAUGAAACGACUUCUGGUGUCUGUCUAG